UGAAAGAUGAAGGGAAUAUGCUGAUGCCUGGCGAUCGGCAUCAAUGCAAACGUUAACCUUUAGCAGACAAGCGACAGAAAGGGACAGAGAAGCAAGAGGAGACAAGUCAGAAAGCCGUGUUUUUCAUUUCAAAGUCGGUGUGCGCGGCGGGGAGCAUGGAGGAGUAGACUGUCUUUAACAGGUCCGAAGCGCACUUUUCAACACCCCCGUCAUCCGACAAGAAUAUGAUCCGGUCAAAUCAUAUGGACAUGCCUCAUUAUUCAAUGAACACUGUCUCUCACAACGCAGCCUUUACGCGCAGGAGUUAGCCGGCGCUUCGCCAAAUUUAAAAGGCUCUUGUCGUCCCACCUUCUGUGGAGCUGUCGGCACUCUUCCUGACAUCCGGCGUUCGUUGGAGCGGCGGCAGGCGCACAGGGCUCCCUGAUCAGUGCCGACCAGAAGCGGAGCAGAAGCUGAGGCUGGCUUAACGGGGCUAAGCACACUGUCACGCUGUCGAAGAAACUCCCCCCACCCGACGUCUGAGGUGGCCAUUCCAGCGAGCAGCAGUCAGUCAGGAGUGACAGCGAGACGCCACUUGAUCCUAACAGACAGGUUGCAAUCCAGUAUGCAGUUUGAGUGUUAAGGAUGGAGGACUCUAGUUUGUGUCUUGGUGUGUCGUCAGCGGUGCCUGACGCUGAUGCCCAUCUGAGCAGCGCAGUUUUAAAUGGCCGCUACCCCAUCAGUCAAAAGCUUCAUCAGCUUACUGCCCAGUUAGGACACGCAUUUCCUGAUCUACACCGCCCACAGCAGAUCCCUGAAGAGAAAGCAGCCACACCUUUGGAUGAGAAGACCCACCACGCAGCUUUGGCCAGUCAACCCAUCAGCAGUCAGAUGGCCCUGCUAGCCAAUCAGCUCAACCGAGACAUUGAUGCAGGGGCGCUUAGUGGGUUGAAUGGACGUGUUGACCUGCAGCAGUUCCUUAAUGGCCAGAACUUAGGCAUUAUGUCCCAGAUGAAUGACAUUGAAGAUGAUGCGCGCAAGAAUAGGAAGUAUCCCUGUCCAUUGUGUGGAAAGCGCUUCCGUUUUAACAGCAUCCUGUCACUGCACAUGCGCACACAUACAGGAGAGAAGCCCUUCAAGUGCCCCUACUGUGACCACCGAGCAGCUCAAAAGGGUAACCUGAAGAUCCACCUCCGAACUCACAAGCUGGGGAAUCUUGGCAAGGGGCGCGGCCGUGUCAGAGAGGAGAACAGGCUCCUUCAUGAGCUGGAGGAGAGAGCCAUCUUGAGGGACAAGCAGAUGAGAGGGAGCAGCAGCCUCAUCCAGCCAGCUCCAACACCUCAUCUGAGCCUUAACAGCAGCACUAACACCCAUCAGCAGCAACUAGGCUCAGCCUGUGGCCUCCUUCCACCCUCUGGGCUUGUCACUCCAGACCCAAUAUCCCAGCCAUCUACUUCUCCCAAGCCGGCUGGCACCCAAGAUGAACAGUCCCUCAACCCUGCUACAGGCUUUCGCUGCACCUUUUGCAAAGGGAAGUUCAAGAAGCGUGAGGAACUGGACCGUCACAUCCGCAUACUUCACAAGCCCUAUAAAUGUACUCUAUGUGAGUUUGCUGCCUCUCACGAAGAAGAGCUGAUAAGUCAUGUGGAGAAGGCCCACAUCACAGCUGAGACUACACAAGGUGCAGGUGCAAGUGGUGGCUACGGCACACAGAGUACCACUGAAUUCCGUUGUGAUGUGUGUGGCCAGGUGUUCAGUCAGGCUUGGUUCCUUAAGGGCCACAUGCGCAAGCACAAGGACUCCUUUGAACACUGCUGUCAAAUCUGUGGUCGUCGCUUCAAGGAACCCUGGUUCCUUAAGAACCAUAUGAAGGUGCAUCUCAACAAGCUUGCCAUCAAGAGCAAACCCCCCCAGCCCACUGAGCAGGACAUCGCUGCUGUCAACAGCAUGAGCAAUUUGGCUCAAGAAGCUCAUGCCAACCUUUAUUCCCGCUACAUCUCCUGUCUUCAGGGUGGGUUCCUUUCACCAGACAAACAGGGCCUGAGUGAGCAGCAUCAAAUGUUGGCCAAAGCAGGCAUAGCUAUGAAGGAAAAGGAGAUGCUAGGGAAGCUCCUGGGACCAAUGGCAGGAGGAAUGGGCCAUGGACUGGGUGAGAAUGAAAAGCGCUCUCUCCUGGGAUGUCUCAACCUUGUGCCACCACUCAAAUCGAGCUGCAUGGAGCGCCUUCAGGCAGCUGCAAAAGUGGCUGAGAUGGAUUCCCUCAACAGCUACCAAGCCUGGCAGAUAAUGGCUCGUGGCAUGGCCAUGGACAGGGCUUUCAUGCCGAAGGAACAGCAGCAGCACCAGCACCAUAUAGCCCCAGGGCAGGAAGAUGAGAUGGGGGGUGCAGGGGCCUUGGCUGCCUUCUCAAAAGAUAAGCAAGACUAUCCCUUGAUUGCUUCCAAUGAUAGCUCUAAGCAGAAGCAGCUCUCAGAGGCUUUGCAGGGAUCCAAGGCAGCUAGUGGAGCCAUGUUGUCCUUGAAGGAGGAUGGAAGAGGCUUUGACAGUCACCGUGACUUGAUGUCUCACCAUGGUAAUGCUGAGGCUCCUGGAGCCAUGGCUGGCUUGGGAAGCCCUAACCUUGACUACAGCCUCUCCAGCCUCUCUGCCCUGAAGGAGAAGCCUUCAGAGUGUCCUGACUGUGGCCGAGUCUUCAGAACCCACCAUCAGAUGGUUGUCCACUCCCGCAUCCAUGGCAAAGACAGGAGAGGCAUCGAAGAAGCGCUCCAGCAACAAGGUCUGGAGGAACGUCGUGGAUCAGCCAGUGAUCCUGAGUCUCAAUCCAUCAGCCGCUCCACCACUCCUGGUUCCUCCAAUGUGACAGAAGAGAGCGGCGCUGGAGGAGGACACUCCCAGACAGGAAGCGUCCAGGACGACAGCCCACAUCCCUCCUCACCAUCUUCAGAUGUUGGGGAGGACCUGGCGAAGGCAGCGGGGAGCAUCCAGCCGUCUCUGUCCCAGCACCGUGAGAGGAGCCUGGCCUCGUCCUCCAAGGAUUGCCCCUACUGUGGCAAGUCCUUCCGCACCUCCCACCAUCUCAAAGUCCACCUGCGGAUACACACAGGAGAGAAACCCUACCGGUGCCCUCAUUGUGACUAUGCCGGCACCCAGUCUGCCAGUCUGAAGUACCACCUGGAGCGCCACCACCGUGAGCGUCAGAACGGCACCACCAACUCAGCCCCAUCCUCUGGCCACACUGCUUCUUCUGACCACAAAGAUGAUCAAGGGAAGACAACCGGUGGUGGCAUCUUUGCCCGACCAGAUGUGCUCCGUAAUGUUUUCAAGGGCAUGCCUCCCAACCUAGACUUCAGGGCGGGUCCGUUGCUGCCGCAUCAGUGGGCUUCAGCCGGUAUGAUGCCUCCCCACGACCGAGAUCGCGAGCGCCGCUUUGACUCGUCCUCCUCAGCUGAGAACAUGAAGUCUGCUGAUGGUGCAUCCUCCCUGGUCUCAACAGUGACAGAUAGCUUCUCUGACUUGAGCAGGGCUUACCAAAGCAUGAUGGGAAAUGGAGUCCACUUUCAAGGUUCUCUUCAGGCUUUUAUGGACAACUUUGUCCUCAGCUCCAUGAAGAAGGAUAUGAAGGACAACCAGAGUCCAGGCCAGCUUCAGGCCCAUUGCUACAACGAUAACGGUGAGCCCAAGGCAAAGAGGGUCAUCUCAUCUGACCCUGAGAGAGACGACAAGGCUGAAGCCAAACAGAACUCAGAACCUGGCAAACCAGGGUCCCAGUACGAACCACUUGAUCUGUCUGUGUCAGUCCGGCCUGAGUCUGCAUCUGGAUCCCUUCCUGGCUCCUCAGUAACCAUCCAUGACAAUGUGGCAUGGCAUGGCUGCCUCUUCUGCUCCUUCUCCACCCCAUCAUUGGAGCUCAUGGCUCUGCACCUCCAGGCCAACCACCUGGGUAAGGCCCAACCACAGCGGGCUGAUAAUGGCAAGGAGCUCCAUGGAGAGGCAUCUGCUGCCACCUCUGCCAUCCACUCCUCCAACAAGAUCGCCGCACUUGACAAAGAUGGUGAAAGAGAUGGAGAGAAAAACCAAGGAGGAUGGAACAACCACAUGGACCAGCCCUACAACCCCUUUCAGAGCGACUUCUACAGGCGGUUUGGUGGCAUGUAUGAUGGAUCCCCAAGGGAACAGGGCCUUCAAGGGUUUAUUUCCCCAACAGAUCAGGGUCUGGACCUUCCAAGUCCUGUCUUUGGAGUGGCCUCUUCUGCUGUUGAUGACCAGAUUGGUGAGAAGGGCUCCUGUGGAGAUGCUGAGGAGGACCAAGUGGGAUCAGAUGAUGAGGUUCCUAAAGCGGGACUGAACAGUGCCAGUGAGACCCCUUCAACCACCCCCAAGAGACAGCUGCAACAGAAUCACUCUGAUGAAGAAGAAGAGGAGAGAGGAGUGGCUGAAGAGGAGGAAGAAAGAGAUGAGGAUGGGCAAAUGGACAUGGAGAGAGACGGAGAAGGAAGUCCACCUUUAGACCACAUCCAGAGCCACCCAAAACAGCUCCAAGAUGACUCCCCUCUGUCCCCAAGGAGCGGAGCUGCAUUGUCAGCUUCUUCCUCAACCAUGAAACCACUUUCUAUGGUUCCCCAAGCCAAGAAUCAAGCUCUGCCUCUGGAGAAGCAGUGGCAGCAGAGCCUGGGCCUCCUGUCUCCAGGAGGUCCUCCAGGACUGUUAAAGGCCGAGCAGCAGACCCACCUAGAGCAGCAGAUGAACAUGUUGUCUGUCCUCAGAGCCUACAGCAAUGACAACCUGCCUGCAUUCAAUGGCUUGGGAGGCGGAGCAGGAGGAGCACCCACAGGGGGCAUGAAGAGGCCAGACGCAUCUGUGCAUCUCUGGGUAGGAGAGGAGGACCAGCCAAUGACCCAUGACCCCGCGCUGACCCUCGACCAUCUUAACAACGACCUUAACCACCCUAACAACCGUAACCUAGGCGACCCAGAGGGGCUGGACGCCCACGCUGUAAACAAAGACUAACGUCCCACACCGGAGGGAGGCAGGAUGAGGAGGAGGAUGAUGAUGAAGGCGGAGAUGGUGAUGAUGAUGAGGAGGAGGAGGAUGGAGGAUAAAUGAAGGAAUACACUAUAACAAAGACUUUAUUUAAGAUGAAAAAACACACAUACUACCGUCAGAGCGAAGAGAAGGCGAGAACUUUAUGAAGCAGAGUUUGGGACAGUUUUCCUGUGGGGACGGAUUUUAAAGAGAUGGACCUAAUGACUUUUGCAAACAAAGUGACGGCAACUUCCCUGUUUUGUCUCCUGUGGUCUGAACGCCCCCCCUCGUCUUCGUUGUCUUCUCUCUUAUACGAUGAUUUUGUUUUUUUGUUCUUUUGAUGAAACUACCUGUCUGAUUAGCACUUCUUGUAACUGGCACCGCAGUCUCUGAUACAUUCCUCCAGCUAGAAAGGUGUGUCUUUUUAUUUUUUAUUUCUAUUAGGACUGAAGUGUAGUGCUUAAUCAAACGCUUUCAAAGACUUUCUCUCCUCCUUGGACCACCAUUGUAUUGUACCUGGAAUGUAAUCUACUGUAGUAUAGAAACUUAACCGGACUGUUGACAAGAGACCAAGCACAUUCACCUCUGGCUCUUCUAUCUGCUGUCAUAGACUCACUAUUUAUGUCCCAUGACCAUCCGUCACACUGAGUGUGGUUUAUGAAGGACAGGGCACCAUCAGACAAUCUACAGCUCAAGCUUGUCUCCAGAAAUAAUCCUGUAAUGCAGGUAGAAAAAAACUUGAUGGUGGUGCUAAUGAUGAUUGUGAUAAUUCAACUGCCCUAGAUGUACUUAUAAUACUCACCCUGCAGGCCAUUUGAGGCCGUCACCCCCCGCUAUAUGGCUCCCUUUGUCUUUUUUCUUGUUCUGUAUUGUUCAAACGCAGCCCCCAUAGGCGCUUAAUGUACAUAGAGAGAUAUUAAAAAAGUGAAGUUUUAAAGCAUUUGAAAGAAGUGACAGUAGUUUACACGGCCUUGGAUUGAAAAGGUUGGCAAUCUUUUAAAGUAUGACAGAGAAGAAGUCAAAAAAAGAUCUCAAAAACAAAAAAAAGGGGGAACACUUUGUUUCUUUAUCGCCCUCCGCCCCUCUCUCUUCAUCUCUUGUGUCAACCUCAAGGACUCUACUGUCGCAGGUGUUUCUAAAAUACUGCCACCGAUCAUUGUUGCACAGUGUUACUGACUACUGAAAAUGGUUUGAUGUAUUUACUUUAAGAUGAGAAAAAAAGAACAAAAAACUGGAAAAAAGACAUAUUGUGUAUAGCCUUAGAUACAAGUCAUCUGUUAUUGCUUCUACAAAGCUAUGUAGCUGUGCUAGACUGUAGGACGUAGGGUUGAUUUUAUUUUGGAUUUUUAUAUGUACUGUACAUUAAUGCCUUCUUCAUUUACUGAUCAAAAAAAAAGAGGAAAAAAAUGACAAUCGUCUCCUGUGCUGCAAACAUAUUUGCCCCCAUAUAUACAGAAUCCAUUAUGCAUAGAGGGACUUUAUCCUUUCUUAUUUCUUUCAUUUGUUUCGGUUCUCAGAAGUAUUUUGCACUGUGAUAGUAUUAUAAAUCCAACCUAUACAGUACAAAACUAGCUAACUAACUAAACUGAAGGUGUGUGUUUGUGUGUCCCUUGGCAUUGUGAAAUGUUUCUACGUCAUUUUUUGUGAACCCAGAGAAAAAUUCUAAUGCGGUAUGUACAGUUCAAAUAUUCUUUAUCUCAGUUUGAUCAACCUCUAUACUGUAUGUGGCAUUGACUUUCUUUUUGUAUGCAAACCCCCCUUUUUGACCUGCAGCCGAGGCCUGUUACUGCUUCAGCCUGAGUGAAACGCAGCGCUCCUGUUCCAACAUUUACUGCAGUACAGCCUGUACUUUUCCCCUUUUUGAUUUGAUUUAUGUAGAUUACAAUUAACCAGUCUUUCAAUAUCAAUAUGCCAGAAAAAGAGGGGAUUGAAACAAUAAGAGUGAGGAAUAUGAAAAGUGGGGAAAGAAUAACAGGGUGUUUGAAGGGAGGAACUCUGGAAAUGGGGUCUGAGUAAACCAAUCAGAUGAAUUCCGCCAAAGGCAGCAGCCAAUGGCUUUGACUUUUGACCCUAUCUCUGGUUUCCGGGGGUGUAAAAAUGAGAGAUUGACGGUGAGAGUCUGGCUUGGGCUCUCUCCUUCUCUGUACCAGCUAUAAUGAGCAUUCCACUCCACAUAUUAUGUACAAAACCUGUCUUGUGAGCUGAACACUCUUUAUGUUUUGCUGUACCCUCAUGGCAGAUGCUUCGUUUUGUAACUACUGAACUGUACUUAUAGUAAAAAUAAAAUGUAUUCAAACUAAAAAAAAACGGAUUGUCACAGAG